AUGGUUCGAUGCAUUCAGAUUGGGCUGCUUUGUGUCCAAGAACAUCCCAUGGAUAGACCUUCCAUUGAAAUCGUGCUGUCGAUGCUGAGUCGUGAUAUCGUGGAGCUGCCAGUGCCGAACCAGCCAGGUGCUACAAAUCCGACAAAGAAGUUUUUAGAUUGGAAUAUGCAUUCCAGCAUCAUCGAUGGCAUUGGGAGAGGCAUCCUGUACCUUCACAGAGACUCAAGACUAAGGAUCAUUCACAGAGACUUGAAGUCAGGUAAUGUUCUGCUAGACAAGGACUGGAAUCCAAAAAUCUCGGAUUUCGGGAUGGCAAGAAUAUUCGGAGGCAAUGAAGACCAUGGCAGUACUGCAAGAGUCGUGGGAACAUACGGAUACAUGGCACCAGAAUACGCAAUGGGAGGCAGAUUUUCUGAAAAAUCUGAUGUAUACAGCUUCGGAGCUGCGUGGAAAAUGUGGAAUGAGGGUAAUGGUUUGAGUUUCGUGGAGCAAAGCAUCGUGAGCGGGGAGACGGAGGAAGAGAUAGUUCGAUGCAUUCAGAUAGGGCUGCUUUGUGUCCAAGAACAUCCCAUGGAUAGACCUUCCAUUGAAACUGUGUUGUUGAUGCUGAGUCGUGUGAUAAUCAGAGAUCCAGAAACCAUUACAUCAGCAAAGCAGAACUACAUAUUGAGAUUCUUCUCUCCUCCAAACACCACCAACCGCUACGUAGGAAUCUCCUUCUCCUUGUCGGAAGAAACCGUGAUUUGGGUCGCCAACAGAGACACACCCCUUAAAGAUUCUUCCGGCCGUUACUCUGGAAUGGCGUUAAGCCAGAAUGUAAAGACUGGGAAGCAGGUGGUGCUGACAGCGUGGAAAAACGCCACCGAUCCCGCCAUAGGGAGCUUCAGGGGAGGCAUAGAAGUCAUGAAUGGAAUCCCACAGCUUGUCACCAGGAACGAGGGCGGCCGCACUGGAGGAGCGGGCAGUGGAACGGCCUGA